AUGUCGGCAGCCUGUCUAGCCUGCAAGACGCAGCAUCUCAAGUGCAUCUGGGGAGAAGGCGAACAAUCUCGGGCCUGUCUCCGGUGCGCUUCGACAGGCAAAGUCUGCUCGACAGCGCCCGCUUUUCGCUUCAAGCAUUCAACCGAGUCACCCAAGGAGGAUCAGACAUGGGUCCAGUGUCCGCGGCGGUUACGGUUUGUGGACGAGACGCAAGAUGUUGAGGCUCAGUAUUUGUCCGAGAGUCCGUGGCAGAUUGGCCAUCAAGAGAUGUCUCUUGGUGACUCGCCGGCGGAUCUCGAUCCAAGUACAAGCCAGUUCGAGGCCGACGUUGAUGCGGAGCUCGUGAAUAGUUCGAGAGAGUUACGUUUGACCCCUGCAGCCGUCUCACAUAACGUUCCAGGACAUGGAGUCGACUGUAGUUUCACAACAGUCCCAAAGAGUUCUUUGCUGGGACUGGCCAACAUCGAGGCUGGUGACGUCUUUCCACUUACCAAACCUCAUGAAGUCCGGUUGAUGGAGUAUUACCGGGACUACAUGUGCACCUGGUUUGAUCUCUGCGACUGUAGGCGCCACUUUGCUAUUGUCGUUCCUUCACGCGCCGCAACUUGCCCAACUCUUCUCAACGCCAUCUUUGCCCUUUCUUCUCGACAUCUCAGUCUUACCGCGCAAUACGAUCCCUAUGCCGCCGACAGGUACCACCAAGAAUGCCUCAAACAUCUGACGACCGUCUCGAGCGAUUCUUCAGCGUUGACAAACGACGACUUGUUGGCCGCGACAAUACUCUUGCGGACCCUUGAAGAACUCGAUGUUCCCCUGAUUGGCACAGACCACGAAGGCCACCUCCUAGGAAUUCAGCUGUUCAUGAACACGCCCAAUACAUCUACGUAUCCAAGCAGUCUUCGCCAAGCUUCGUUCUGGAUUGGACUUAGACAAGAGAUUUACAUGAGCUUUGUCGGCCAGAGACCCGUCAAGAUCAAGCUCGACCACCUAUUCAUCGACCGAUCAUUCUCUCCCGCGGAUGACGAUACGUGGGCAAAUCGCAUCAUCAUUCAUUGCGCAGAGGUCAUAAACUACUGUUUUGGCGUUGGUGGGCGUAAUAAGAACGAGUAUCAGGACUUGAUCGAUUACGAUCAGGCUUGGUUGCGGGCUCGACCAGUGUCAUGGCUGCCAAUAGCCUAUAGCGAACCCAAUGAGAGUAUGGGCGAGGUGUUUCCAUACAUCGCAUACCUCAACCAUGCUGUCGUAAUUGGCCUUGUACACAGUAUCUUUGCGAGGAUUCUGCUCAUGUGUCACGAUGACAGAGCACCACGAAUCGGGCCAUCCGCUCGACAAGCUCGGAAGAGGAUCGAUGAUGACAUUCGGACACAAGUCCGAGAGCUCUGUGGUACUGCUCUGUCCAACAAGGCUACCCGGCCCGCAAUGUUUACUGCGUGCAUGGGGAUUACAGCGUGUGGGGAUCGAUUCACUACAGCGAAGGAUCAGAGGGCGCUGUUGGACGUGUUGAUCUUGGCCGAGGCUGAGCACUCGUGGCCCACUGCCGCGGCACAGGCACACUUGAAGAAAGCCUGGGGGUGGGAUGCUGCAGCGGAUUCAUGA